GUCUGCAGGACUUAUGUUGACCCACACACAUAUGAGGACCCUACCCAAGCAGUUCAUGAGUUUGCUAAGGAAUUGGAUGCCACCAACAUAUCCAUUGACAAAGUUGUUGGAGCAGGUGAAUUUGGAGAGGUGUGCAGCGGCCGUUUAAAACUUCCUUCAAAAAAAGAGAUUUCAGUGGCCAUCAAGACCCUAAAAGUGGGCUACACAGAAAAGCAAAGGAGAGACUUCUUAGGCGAAGCAAGCAUUAUGGGACAAUUUGACCAUCCCAAUAUUAUUCGACUGGAGGGAGUUGUUACUAAAA